AAGAGACAGAGAAAUAAUGUGGUAAUGGUUGGGGAGCGAUUGUUCGGAAUCUUGCUGACUUCCAUCACCUGUAACUCUUCCACGCAUGAACCCAACAGCAAAGUCCAUAGUAUGCAAAAUAUAUUAAUUAUAAGCAGGAGCAUUGGCUCAGCCAGAUUCUGGAGUCAUCCUCCCGUUUGCCUUCUGAUACCUGUUGGCCUUCCGAAUCUCGAAAAAGGUGCCUAGCGAGGGAUGAGUCUCCCCACGAGCAAUUGAUGGAUUUCGAUCUGGAGGCCUUCGAACUCAAUUGGGUUAACGACUUGAUCAGCGAAGACACCGGUGGGGAUGGCAACGGCAAGCACAAGGCCGAGGAGCGGCCUCCUUCAUGUGAGCUCUUCUCCGACCAUCAUCCGCCGGAUUCCAAUGAUGCUGCGGCGACGGCGGCGGCGGCGGCGGCAGCACCAUCAUCAUCCCUCAACUGGCUGGCUAUCAGAACCCUCAAUUCCAUGGAGGAGAGGUCGAGGAUUAUCAAGCAGAGGCUCAGCCAGGCCUUGCGUUACUACGUUAAGCAGUCGACCGAACACCAUGCGCUGGUUCAGGUCUGGGUUCCGGUCAAGAGCGGCGGUCGCUAUCUCCUCACCACCUCCGGCCAGCCCUUUGUUCUCGGUCCCCGCAGUCCAAGCCUCUCUAGUUACCGAAUUGUCUCCGUCUCUUACUUCUUCUCCACCACCGAUGAGGACUGCACAGAGGAUUACGUUCUUGGGCUCCCCGGCCGGGUUUUCCGGCGGAAGAUGCCGGAAUGGACGCCCAAUGUUCAGUACUACAGCAGCGAGGAGUACCCCAGAUUGUCCCACGCCUUGCACUAUGACGUUCGCGGGUCGCUGGCGCUGCCGGUGUUCGAAUCCUGGGGCCGAUCGUGCGUGGCCGUCAUCGAGAUCAUCAUGACUUCUAUGAAGAUCAAUUACGCUCCAGAUGUUGAUAGAGUUUGUAAAGCGCUCGAGGCAGUAAAUCUAAAAAGUUCAGAGGUUUUGGAUCAUCCACAAUUGCAGAUAUGCAAUGAAGGUCGUCAAGCUGCUUUAGCUGAAAUUUUGGAGAUAAUAACAGUUGUUUGUGAGAUGCACAGGUUGCCACUAGCUCAGACAUGGGUUCCUUGCACGCAACAUAGCGCUAUUGUAGAUAGUGCUGGUAUGCUGGAGGAUGUUACAGUCUUCGAUGGCAGUUGUACAAGGCAGGCUUGUAUGUCAAUAUCUGAUAUAGCAUUCUAUGUUGUUGAUGCUGACAUGUGGGGAUUUAGAGAUGCUUGUGCAGAACAUCAUUUACAAAAGGGACAUGGUGUGCCUGGUAGAGCAUUUGCUACACAUGCCCCAUGCUUUUCCUGUGAUAUUACACAGUUCAGCAAAACAGAAUACCCGCUUGUACAUUAUGCACGGAUGUUUGGUUUAGUUGGUUCUCUUGCUAUUUAUUUGGAAAGUGAACAUACUGGAAAAGACGGUUAUGUUAUAGAGUUCUUUUUGCCCUCUAACCUCAAGGACAUCAGGGAACAACAGUUUUUGUUGGAAUCUCUUUUAGCUACACUGAAGCAGUGUUGUCAUACCUUGAGGGUUGUUAUUGACUAUGAACUCAUAAUAGAAAAUAUCUUCCCUUCAGUUGAGCCAUCUGCAAGCCAUAAACAUGAUGAAGGUGCAAACACUAUAGGGAUUGGAGCUGAUUAUCAAGUGCCUCUAGAAUCCCCUGAAACUGAGGUAUGUCCUGUGGCUGGAGAUGUGUACACAGAGGGCAAAAGAUUAUCUCUCUCUGUUGAGCAUAGCUUUGAGGUCCUUGCUGAUGGUCUUUUGCAUGAAAACAGCAUAACAGAUACAGAUGUAGACCUUGCACAUGCUUCAGCACCAGAUAAUUCAUGUACCAAAGGAUUAUCUGGAAGCAAACGGGGGAAAGCAGAGAAGUCAAUUAGCUUAGAUGUUCUCCAGAAAUAUUUUGCUGGUAGCCUGAAAGAUGCUGCAAAAAGCCUUGGUGUUUGUCCUACAACCAUGAAGCGUAUCUGUAGGCAGUAUGGUAUCACCAGGUGGCCAUCCCGCAAAAUCAAGAAGGUGAACAGGUCCAUCUAUAAGCUACAACAAGUGAUUGAAUCUGUCCCAGUUGCACAAGGCACUUUCAAUCUGACCACUCUUACAUCUCCAUUACCGGUGGCAAUGGGAUCAUCUUCUUCCUUGCCCCCAAAUUUCACCGCUAUUGAACCUCAAAAGUUUAUGUGCACAAGUGCAAGAGAAUCCAUGCACGAAGCCAAUCCAGUGGAUGCAGUCAUUGCUGAAACUGGGGACCCAGAAAGGCAGAUGGCAAGUCAUGACUGUAGUCACUUGCAGCCAAAGUUGGAUGAGCACCAUCCUGGACUAAAAAGUAAGCUCGAGUCAGGUGAACAGAACAUACGGACUGUUGCUUCUCGCAGGUCAAGUCAGGGCACCCCACAAGAUGUUGAAGCAACUGAAUUGGUCGACUGGCCUUCUGCUGAUUAUGUCCUAGAGCAUGAGAGGGUCCAUCUGAAUGAGUCUACAGAAUUUGGUUCUUCAGCCCUUGGAGAACCAUGUCCUGCCACGAACGAAGAGCCCACCAGUUCUAUAAGAAAUGCAACCUGUACAGACGCUAUGGCAGUGAAGGCAAUGUAUAAGGAGGAUAUAGUAAGAUUCCGUCUGUCCUCAGUGUCAAGCUUGAUAGAACUGAAGGAAGAGGUGGCAAAACGUCUGAAAUUGGGAACGGACAUCUUUGAUGUCAAGUACCUGGAUGACGAUCAAGAGUGGAUAUUGCUUGCUUGUGAGGACGACUUUCAGGAAUGCAUCGACAUCGUAAAAUCAUGUGGCAAGCAUUUGAUCAGACUGCUGAUCAGUGAAAUGGUUCCUAACUUGGGUAGCUCUUGCGACAGCUCUGGAGGUUUGACUUGAUGGGACUUUGAGUUUCUUUCUAGCUUUACUGUUAGACGGGCAAACUAGAAAAUUGCAACGUGUACCAUUUGUCUCACGGCAUUACUUAUUCACUUAUGAUAUAAGGCCUGUUAGUAAGGGUCUGUUCGCUGUUGCGUAAAGCUUAGGAAGUCUUCUUAGUGCCGCAGUUUCUCAUUCUCACACUGCUUCUCCUGUAUCAUAUUUUUCUGUUGCACGACAAAUGUAGUCUUCUAAGAUUAUUUGUUGUACUAACUUUGGUGCUGCUCUACGUUUCUAUUUUAUAAUCCAAUCUCUGUAAUAUCGAAUACUGAUUACGGGAAAUGCAUCCUCGCUUUGUAA